AUGCCGGCCAUACUUGAAAGUGCUGUGCCCCCACCGCCGCAUCUGCAGCUGUCGACCACCUCUCCCUGGCCGUCGUACUCUUCUCAUUGCUACGGCUCUUCUGCCUCCUCGCCCACUCCCAUGACCCCAGAGUCGCUGACAACGUUCGUCCCGCGCCUGCACGACAGCCCGCUUCCCACACAAGAAGCUCCUCCCUCUUCGAGCUGGUUUGGUGCUUCGGUUUCGGCCCCAGACGCUCAAAACGAGACCUUUGGUGCUUUCCCAUACAGCCAGUCUUUUCUUCCUUCACAUACGCCAUCUGCUGGGCCCUACUCACCACACCACCAAUUUUCGUCAACAUCCGACGUCGCGGUAUCCGCACCAUCGAGCAUAGAGCACCCAGCAGGUAAUUUCUCCCCAGUGUCGCAGUGCUCGCGAGGCUCCGAAGGCCCACAGCCAGAGUACGUCCACCAGGAGCCUUCUCCCGACGCAUCUACUCAUCUUUCUGGAGGCCUUUCGCCCAGUCGGCCGCGAAGUACUCCCCUGGACUAUCCAUCUUGGACUAUGAAUCCUCUCGGCAUUUCUGGACCGACCAUGCACCAGCACUAUUACUCCAGUCCGACGUACCCGCGUAGCCCUCGUCUGAGCGAGCCGGGAAUGGACUUUUCCGGCGACCUGCCAAACGGACGCCGCCUAUAUGCUCCGAUCGCUCCCCACCCCGCUGGUUCUCGCAGGAGCGUUCCGAAACGGUCCCACGAAGAUGACGAUGAGCAAUCAGAUCAAUCAAAGAGGAGAAAACGAUCAGAGUCUAGCACUUCGGCAACAAUAGAGUUAGGCGAAGAGGACCGACUCCUUAUCAGACUCAAGGAUGAGGAAAGCAUGCCCUGGAAAGACAUUGCUGCUCGCUUCCAGUCAGAUCUCGGCAAGACAUACCAGAUUCCCGCAUUGCAGAUGCGCCUGAAAAGGCUUCGGGAACGCAUGCGUGUGUGGACUGAGCCCGAUGUCAAGGCACUCCGCAUGGCACACGAAUACUGGGUUCAGAGCAAGUUUGACAUCAUUGCCCAAAAGAUGCUCGAGUAUGGUGCAGCAGAGAAAUGGACAGCCCGGCAAUGUGCGCGCAAAUGGGCCGAAAUCGACCCUGGCCCAACUCCGUACACCACCUACGAGCACCACAUGCCGACAUAUGCUACUUACGCCAUGAGCCCGGUGGAAGCACAUCACUUCAUGCCCUAUGUCCACAUUCAAUGA